UUUUGAUAGUGAUUCUAUUUUUGAAUCAGUUAGCGCAGCUGUUUUAUUGUUGGAGCUAUUGCUUCGCGAGAGAAAUGGGUUCGAGUUUCUUUGUUUCUUUGGCCAGCUCAAUUAUCGAGCCCAAAUGCCUCUACACUAUAGUGUUGGAUGUAACACCAAAUUAAUCCAAGUACUUUUCAGAAACAAAGAAAGAUAUGCGCGUCGUGGAGGAUUUAUCAUUGCCGGAUAUCCUCCUAGAUACAGAGUAUUCCUGUCAGCUGGAACAAUUGAGGCAUGCAAGUUAUACCUCCUCUUCUGCCUGGAAUGGAAUGUAACGUCCGCAAAAGCGUCCUGGGACAUCAAGUAGCUAACAAUGAUCUGCUCUCUACAGUGCUUGACGGUAUCAAUCUUAAGCAUCCUGGCAUGUCUUACUCUUAUGGAGCGUUCUACAUCUGGAGGACAAACGAAGGUUCAGCAAGUUCAAAUAGCCCAUUUCGGAACAGGCUGGAAGGGGAAGAAGCGUCGAUCUUCUCUUAGGCUCGCAUCUUAUUCCCCACCACAGUUCAUGGCUGAUCGGACCCGGGCCGUAUUUUAUUGCUUGGGUUUUCCAGCUGAGGGGGGGCUGAUUUUGGUAUUUUGGGGUGUACACUGUAUGGAAUAUCGGGGAGGUAUGCAACAGUAUCUCCACAUGGACUGUUCGGAGUCAGACGGAGUCCGUUUGGAAAGUCCGUGGACCCUGGGGUAAGAUGGGUCAGAAUUAGAAACACUGGAGGAGGGGGAGGUAAGAUGACGGCAGAAAGAUUUCAAACAAAUCCGGCCGAAUCACGAUGUUGCGGAAGAUUCAGGAUAACUUGGG